AGGAGCUGAAAUAAAAAUGACUGACAGUUACAACAGCCAAUUAAAAUCCCCAGCGCAAGCUAAUUAUUACAAUAACAGCCAAUCGGCAUCACAAAGGGGAGCGGCCUCGGAGUUACCUGUGAUGAAGACAACUGGCUGCUCGCGCUGAGUAGAUGAUGCUGAAAUCAGAUCGACGAGUAAACAAACAGGUGUUGAGCGCGAGUGGGUGAACAAAACGACUUUGUCUUAAUUGCGCCAUCCUCAGGAAAAAUAAGGCUUAAGAGAGUAACUGGUGUCAUACGUUCUCAGCUAGUAUGGCUGCCGACUCCACCAUGAGAUCUGAAGUGGAGGAGCUGCAGAGGAGGGCCAAUCAGGUGACAGAUGAGUCCCUUGAGAUCACUAGAAACAUGAAGCUCCUGUUGGAGGAGAGUAAAGAUGCAGGAAUCAAGACACUUGUUAUGCUGGACGAGCAGGGAGAGCAACUGGACCGUGUAGAAGAGGGCCUGGACCAGAUCAGCAAGGACAUGAAGGAGGCUGAGAAAAAUCUCACUGACAUGGCCAGGUGUUGUGGUCUGUGCAUCUGGCCAUGUACAAAACUAAAGGACUUUGAAGCAAGUGGGGCGUAUAAGAAGGUUUGGGGUAAUAAUCAAGAUGGGGUGGUGUCUAGCCAGCCCUCUUCUCGAGUUUUGGAUGAUAGAGAGAAGAUGACCAUGAGCGGUGGAUAUAUUAGAAGAGUGACAAACGAUGUAAAGGAGGAUGAAAUGGAGGAAAACUUGGCACAAGUCGGUAGUAUCCUUGGCAACCUCAGAAGCAUGGCACUUGACAUGGGCAAUGAAAUCGACACCCAGAACAUCCAGACUGAACGCAUACAGAGCAAGGCCGUGGUCAAUGAAUCCCGCAUCAGUGAGGCCAAUCAGAGAGCCACAAAGCUAAUAGCUAGAUAAAACCAUGGGAUUUUCCUUUGUUGAACACAUUUACAGCCUUCUGUAUAAUUUUUUUUUGCAUAUUGAUACAAAAAUAUUAAGUUGCUCUUAUUUUAAAUGACCAUUUACAGAAUUUGGAUUACUGCCUGAUAUCAGUAAGUUAUUAUUAUUAUAGUUAUUAUUGUUCUUCUUCAAUAUGUCAAGGAAAAAUAAUGAAUGCUAAUAUGUUGUUUCAAGUCUGUGCUGUAAUUGUAAUUUAAUCUGUAUAGAAACAGCACUGCUAUCUUUGUUUUUUAAGCCUGCAGGAGAUUUUGAAAACUGUCACUUGAAAACUGUGAAUAGUCUAAGCCCAUUUGGAGGGCAAAACAAGACAGUGAUAUUUAAAGGGCAAAUUCAGUACACACCUUAAUGAUGAUACAGACUUAGCACAGGCAAGCAGAUGAAACCACAAUAUAAACGCAAUGCGUGAAGUUUCACAUUAAAUGUUUUUCCAUGAAAAAACAUUAUAAAGAAAACACUUGACCAUUUAGAACCUUGCGUUCAUAUUGAAUUUGAUCUUGAAAUUGUUUUCACAUUAGACUUUUUAAUCACAGUUUUUAAUUGAAACAUUGUUUUAUAUGUAUCUCAAAUGGCCAAAACUUGCAUUUUUGUUUGCAUAUCUUUGUUUCAUCCUUCUGAGAGAUGGUCUAAAUAUCUGUGGAUUGGAAACAAAUGGAAAAUUGACAGGCUUGUGCUGCAGUUCUAUGGAUGGUAAUAUUGGUAAAUGUAAUUUUGUUUUGUCUACUUUGAGUAGCUUUUUAAAAAAAUAAAUCCACUUUAAAAUUUCAAGGGUGUGUUUUCAUGAUGGACAAAAUGUUUUUUUUCUGCCCAUCCACUUGC